AAUUAAAACAAUAUUUUGUUUUCUAAUUCCUUAUCCUUUUAGUCGUCGAAUAGACCAGAGACCCUGGCAUGAACAAAUCACUGUUUCUCGAUAUAAGCUAUUUUGUUACACUUGAUUGUAUUAUUUAAUAAUAUGUCAUCGUUUGUAUGGAUCAAAGCUAUCACAUCGAAAUAAAUUUAUAUUCAGAAAAGUCAUCAGUCACAAAAAUAGGAUAUUUUUAGGCCUCUGUUAGGUAGGGGCGUGCCUCUUGAGCGGAGAAGGAUAUGACGUCGCGCACGCGGAAGCUCUGUGUAUGUUUACCGAUGACGUUUACUCGGGACCACAGAGAUGUGCUAACCAGAACAGCUAACGAGAUGCAUUGGUUACUAUAAAGUUAUAACUCUUACAAUAGCUUCAGGAUAAGUGGGCUAACCGGAUGGGGACAAGAUGUUGGAGUCCUAUGUCACACCACUCCUGAUGAGCUAUGUCAACAAAUACAUAAAGAAUCUAAAGCCGUCAGACCUGCAGCUCUCCCUCUGGGGCGGGGAUGUGGUGCUCAGCAAGUUGGAUCUGAAGCUGGAUGUCCUGGAGCAGGAACUGAAGCUGCCCUUUACCUUCAUGAGCGGCCAUAUCCACGAGCUGCGUAUCCACGUGCCAUGGACCAAGCUUGGGUCAGAACCCGUGGUCAUCACUAUCAACACUAUGGAGUGCAUCCUAAAGCUGAGAGAUGGAGUCCAGGAUGACCAUGAGAGUGGCUCCAGCUCCACGAGCCGCAGUGCCUCAGACAGUGUCAAGGCCCAGGCCAAGCCCCGCAGGCUGCAGCAGGCGGCCCCCAGUGACCCGGACCUGCCCCCAGGCUACGUGCAGAGCCUGAUCCGCCGCGUGGUGAACAACGUGAACAUCGUGGUGAACAACCUGAUCCUGAAGUACGUGGAGGACGACAUCGUGCUGUCCGUCAACAUCACGUCAGCGGAGUGCUACACCGUCGACGACGCGUGGGAGAGGGCCUUCAUGGACAUCACCGCCCCUGAGUUGGUCCUGAGGAAGGUGAUCAACUUCUCGGACUGUACGGUGUGCCUGGACAAGCGCAACGGCAGCGGGAAGAUUGAGUUCUACCAGGACCCCUUGCUGUACAAAUGCUCCUUCAGGACACGCCUCCACUUCACCUAUGACAACAUGAACUCUAAGAUCCCUGCAUUCAUCAAGAUGCAGACCAUGGUGGAGAGCCUGAAGCUGUCCGUCACCGACCAGCAGCUGCCCAUGUUCAUGCGCAUCCUUGAGCUAGUAAUCGCCCUGUACUACGGGGCCAUCGGGGCCCCCCGGGAUGGCGACGCGGACGAGGGCAGUGGGCCCAUCAGGGAGUCGGUCGCCCCCGUGCCUGGUAUGGACGUGGAGGAGGACAACCAGGGGAUGGCCCGGCCGUUCUCCAGCUCAGAGCUCUACAUGCAGCCCGGAGGGCCCGACGACCAGAUGGACGAGGGAUGGGUCUCUUGGGCGUGGUCCUUCGUGCCGGCCAUCGUGGGCGAGGAGGACGAGGAGGGCGAGGACGGCACCUACCACCAGAGAGAGCCAGGGUCCAGCCCGAGUGGCACCCAGCAGCAUGCGCAGCCUCGAGACCCCGUCGUGUCCAUAGGAUUCUACUGCACCAAGGCGUCCGUUACCUUUAAGCUGACAGAGUCCCUUUCGGAGAGCAGCUACUACAGUCCACAGAAGGUCAAGUCCAGAGAGGUCCUGUGUCUGGAGCCGGAGGGAAUCACCAUUGAGGUGCUGAUGAUGGGUGAGGCGUUCUUCGACUGUCAGAUUGGCAUCGUGGGCUGCCGGGCCGUCUGCCUGAAAGGCAUCAUGGGAGUGCGGGACUUUGAGGAUAACCUGAACCGACGGGCGGAGGACGCUGUGUUCUUCAUGUGCGGCGAGACUCUGAGCGCUAAGGGGAUGACGUACCUGACCAACUCCCUGUUCGACUACCGCAGCCCAGAGAACAACGGCGUACGGGCCGAGUUCAUCCUGGACGCCACCAACCACAAGGAGACCUACACAGAGAUAGCCGGCAUGCAGCGCUUUGGUGCUUUCUACAUGGAUUACCUCUACACAAUGGAGAACGGCGGUGGCAAAGGGAGCGUGGGCUCGCAGGACUCCCCGGCGGUCGCCAAGGAGGAGCCGCUGCCGGCCGUGCAGGAGAGCUCCACCAAGCGGCUGGUGGUCGGGCCCCUGGAGGUCCGACUACACAGUAGCGCCGUCCACCGCAUCCUCAAGAUGGUGGCCUGCGCCAUGGACCACGAGUACGAGCCCUACUGCAAGCCAGAGCCAGAGCUGGUGGAGGAGCGGCGAGCUCCAGCCACACCAGAGGAGCUCUCCAGCCUGGAAGAAUUCAUCCCCACCAGACUCACCUGUCUCACUUUGCUGAAGGUCUGCAUCACGGUGUCCGUGGCAGAGUUCAACCUGCUGCACACGCUCAUGCCGGUCCUGAUGGGACAGAAGGCGCCCCCUGCGCCCCCCAGCGUGCCAGCCUUCCAGCCAGUGCGUCCGCUGCCGGCCCUGCGCUUCCAGGUGGAGAGGGUGAACGUGGAGCACACUGUCCCCAUGUACGGGCCCGAGCUGGUGGGCCUGGUCAGCGCUCUCAGCCAGCCCUCCGACAACCUGUUGCACCACUGCUACGCACACUGCUACCUCAAGGUGUUUGAGUUCCAGGCAGGCCUGACGUGCCAGGACGCGGCGGGGACUUUCCUGCCUCUGCUGCCCAUCAUCCCUUCCUUCAGCACAGCUCUGUAUGGCAAACUGCUCCAGCUGCCCGCCUGCUGGACCAAGAGGUCUCCGGUGCCCACCACGGAGUGUAUCUUUGAGCUCCCCCACUUCGCGGUGCAGGCCACCAUGGCCCAGGCCCUGCUGCUGCAGGCGCUGUGCCAGAGCUGGACCCACAGCCUGGGCAACGGGAUCCCGCAGGCGCUCAGCGAGGGUCUGCUCCAGCAGGUCUUCAGAGCACCAGGUGUGAAAUCUCGGAGCCCUUCGCCGACGCUGGAGUGCUCGGUCCAGAACGUGGAGCUGAAGCUGUGCAGCCGUGCGACGGUGAAAUGCGCCUCGGGAACCGUGGGAGCUGUAAAAGUGUGCGCCAGGACUCCAGGGUCAGAAGAGGGGUCCAAGGAGAAGCUGGUUCCCCUGAUCCAGGGCCCGUCCGACACCAGGGAGCUCCACACCAGCCGCUGGCUCAACGAGAUCCGCAAGCCCGAGUCCCUGCUGGCCCCGGACCUCCUGGCCUUCUCUGUGCAGGUGCCCCUGCAGGGCGACGACUGCCGGAACUCAGGUGCUGUGCUGCUGGUCAGUGUGCAGGGCAUCGCGGCCAACGUGGACCCCGUGGUGUGCACCUGGCUGCUCCACCAGCCUCACCGAACGGGCAGCAGACAGCAGCAGCAGCAGCAGCAGCAGGCUCCGGCAGUGGUUGCUAUGGCGAUGCCCCUGGCCAAACGGAGAGAGGAUGAGGUGUCUGUGGGUAGCACGCCACUGGCCAAACAGCCCUCCAAUCAGGCGUCCGAUUACGCCAGCAGCCCGGUCAAAACCAAGACCGUAACAGAAUCCCGACCUCUGUCCAUUCCCAUGAAGGUGAUGCCCAUCAGCACAGCUGUGGAGUCGUGGUCCACCUCAGAGGAGAGGAUGAAGGCGCUGAUUGCUCAUGCCUGGGACGCUGUCAAACGACUGACUCUACAGCUGGAGGUCCAGUCGUGCUGCGUGUUUCUGCCCAACGACAGCCUGCCCUCCCCGAGCACCAUCAUCUGCGGCGACAUACCUGGCACCGUCCGCAGCUGGUACCACAACCAGGCCUCCAUGCCUGGGACUCUGGUGGUCUGCCUGCCCCAGAUCAGUGUCCUCAGUGCUGGACACAAGUACAUGGAGCCCCUGCAGGAGCUGCCCUUUGUGGUGUCGAAGCCGAUCCUGGAGGAAGGUGAUGCCUUCCCCUGGACCAUCAGCCUGAGCCAGUUCAGUCUGUACACCCUGCUGGGCCAGCAGCACAGCCUCAGCCUGCUGGAGCCCAUGGGCUGCACCUCCACGCUGGCCGUCACCUCCCACCGGCCGCAGGCCAGCGAGGGACGCCAGUCUUUCGUGGUGUGUCUCCACGUGGACCUGCAGCCCGUCCAGGUCAAGUGCUCCAACCCACAGGUGCAGCUGCUGUACGAGCUCUUCCUCAGCUGGAGCACCACCUGGGCCCGUCUCCAGAAGCACAGCGUCCUGCGCCAGACGUCCGGAGCGCCGGAGACCCCCCAGGGAGCCGCCCUGACCUCGCCGGUCCGCAGCAGUGCCGGCACUGUGCUGCCAGACGCCAGCACCUGCAGCCCCUCCGCCGACCUGGGCUCUCCCACCGAGGGCGACUCGGUGCCAGCCGGGGACGACGGGCCCUUCUCGGACACGGUGACGCUGGAGCAGAAGACCAGCAGCAUCGGGGGCACCAGCGGGAAGGUCAGCCUCUGGAUGCAGUGGAUGCUGCCCAAGGUUACGGUCAAGCUGUACGCCCCAGAUUCCGCCGCCAAAAACACAGAGAUUUGUGUCAUUGCUGAAAUGGAAGACCUGAGUGCCUCAGUGGACGUCCAAGAUGUCUACACAAAGAUCAAGUGUAAAGUGGUCAGCUUCAACAUGGACCACUACAGGUGCAGUCCGGAAGAGCGUGUGCGGAGCGUGGGCGGCUGUGGAGGAGUGAUCUUAUCCUGCACUGACAAGCUGAACAGACGAACGGUGCUGGUUCGACCCGUCAGCAAGCAGGACUCUUUCAGCCACUUCUCUGGCUUUUUCCCCCCUACGGCAGCCCGGGUCCUGGAGGGGUCGCACCAGCAGCACGGCUUCCUCUCCAUCACCUACACCCAGGCCGUCACCAAGAACGUCCGCCACAAGCUGACCACGCGGCCCGAGCGCCCCCCGCGCGGCUGCAGCAUGGCCGGGGGCCAGCGGGGGGCGGCAGACCCCCUGGCGGACGGCUCGCCCCAGUACCUGCGGGAGAUCCUGCUGACCGCCCAGCCCUUCGACGUGGUGCUCUCCUGUCCCUUAAUGGCCGCCGUCAUGGGCCUCUUCCAGGCCACCGUUCCGAGGCGUUACCGCGAGCGGGGCAAGUCGUCGGGCCAGCCAAUGAGGAGCCACGCCCUGACCUCCCGCUGCCUGCCCCUCAUCUACAUCAACACCAGCACCAUCCGAGUGUUCUGCCCCGGGACGCAGGACAAACACACCGCCACAGAGUCCCACCAGAGCAAAGAAGACACCCUGGUGCUGAAGCUGGGCUCUGUCAGCAUGGCCCCCCAGGCAGAUAACCCCCUCUCCCGCACCGUGCUGCGCAAAGACAUCUACCAGCUGGCGUUGAACCUGGGCAUCCUGCGAGACCCUGGAUCCGAGGUGGAGGACCGCCAGUACCAGCUGGACCUCCAGUCCAUCAACAUCGGCACGGCCCAGUGGGAGCAGCUCAAGCCGGAGAAGGAAGGCACCAAGGGCGGGGCGGCCGCCGAGACGGAGAGGAACUCCCAGAACCCCGCGCUGGAGUGGAACAUGGCCAGCAGCAUCAAGAGACACCAGGAGCGGCGAGCCAUCCUCACCCCCAUCCUGACAGACUUCUCGGUGCGAGUGACGGCGGCUCCGGCCAUCAUCUUCAGCAGGCCUGUCUCCCUGGACAGCGGUCCUGCCGAGGAGGCGGUGGUGUGUGGUCAUUCCCUGGAGGUGAACGUGAGCGGCAGCCUGGACUUCUACCUUAGUGUGGCUCAGGUGCAGCUCCUUCAGCAACUCCUGCUGGACCACAUGGUGGGACUGGACGUCCCAGAGAAGAGUGCAGAGGUACACACACGCACAGGCACACACACAAACAAAAACAGUGUUUGUGCAAUGCAUGGGUGUGCGAUGCGUGUUUCUGGUUGUGUGUUUACAUAAAUAGGUUUUAUGAAGUUGCGCACGCGAAGCGAACAUCACUGUCAAA